UGUGACUCUGCUCCACAGGUGAUAUUUGAACACGAGGGAGUCUUCCUCCAUCCCAGCAGCGAUGAGGAGAUCGAGCCAGACUUCCUGGUUUCAGGAACCCUCCGGAUCCUCGAGAAGGACGCCGAGAUCGUGGUGGAGUACAGACCUCUGGAGGACGGCGUCGACCCCUCAAACAUGCUCUGUGCUGGGAAGGUUUGUUCUCUCAACAGCAGUCACGAGAGGAGCCGCUUGGCCUUCGCCGUCAGUGUCAGCGACCUCCGCUCCGUCACGGUGAGGGAGGAGGGCUGGACCUUCAUCGUCCUGCAGCUGAAGGACUCCUCCACCUCGCUGCCACACCUGCACUUCCACCAGGGCGGCAGCAGAGCGUUCCUGGACAGCCUGAGGAGGUUCGCUCUGCUCACGGAGUGUCCCAGCGACCACACGUGCCUGCUGGUCAGCACGCCAAACAAAGCUCUGUCGCAGUCCUUCGAGAACCUUCUGGACGACAACAACUUCGGCCUGGUUCACAAGUUCAAGCGGGACCCGUACGUCACCACGCUCGGCGGCUUCUCCAAAGUCACAAACUACUUAUUCGACGCGCUGCGAGGGAUGGAGGAGCAGCAACAGCGCCCCUGUCUGCUCUCAGAGAAGGACGUGAACCGAACAGACCGGACGAACCGCUUCUACGAGGGCAUCGACAACCCGGGCCUGGUGCUGCUGCACGACAUCCUCAUGACCUACUGCAUGUACGACUUCGACCUGGGUUACGUUCAGGGCAUGAGCGACCUGCUGUCGCCCAUCCUCUACGUCAUGGAGAACGAGGUCGAGGCUUUCUGGUGCUUCGUGGCCUUCAUGGACCAGAUGCACGAGAACUUUGAGGAGCAGAUGCAGGGCAUGAAGACGCAGCUGAUCCAGCUCAGCUCGCUGCUCCGGCUGCUCGACCUCGCCUUCUGGAACUACCUCGAGUCUCAGGAUUCAGGAUACCUGUACUUCUGCUUCCGCUGGCUGCUCAUCAGGUUCAAGAGGGAGCUGAGCUUCGUGGACGUGCUGCGGCUCUGGGAGGUGAUGUGGACCGGGCUGCCCUGCGAGAACUUUCACCUGCUGGUGUGCUGCGCCAUCCUGGACUCGGAGAAGCAGAAGAUCAUGGAGGAGAACUACGGCUUCAACGAGAUCCUGAAGCACAUCAACGAGCUCUCCAUGAAGCUGGACGUCGAGGAGAUCCUGCAGAAAGCUGAGGGCAUCUGCCUGCAGAUCAGGAGCUGCAAGGACCUCCCUCGCCCCGUCGCCACCACCUUGGGCUUCGAUGUCGAGUCUCGCCGCGCAGGCUCGACCGAUUGCGGCUCGGCGGCGACUUCCGGAGCGGCUCGGCGGGAGGUUGGCGUCUCCAACGGACACUCGAGAGAAAGCAGCUGCGAGCAGAGUGGCAGAGGGGCCUUUGUAUCGUAGUGAAGAGUGGAGAUGGACUGUGUGUGGGCGGGGUCAAUCUGUGGCCCCGCCCACUGGAGGAGCUUGUGUGUAAAGAGAUUAUUGAGAAUCUUAUUUUUGUAAUUUCUUGUAUCGUGCGACUCUGAUCAGGCAUUCCUCUGCGCUGAAGCCUCAUUCAUCCUGAUGAAGAGGAGGCGGAGCCAACCAGUGACUGAGCAGUCAUUCACCUGUUGGCUCCGCCUCCUGAGUGUUACGGAUAUGUUAAAGAUGGGGGUUAGGGUGGAGCGGUUGUCUGUAGUUUGAAUGAAGAAUGAAUGAGGCUUCAGAUCCAGGAAGUUCUGCCAACAAGAGCCCUGAUUGGCCAUGCAGUGACAGAGGGAGGAGCUCUUUCUGUUGGAUGAUGGCGCUCGCAUUAUUCGCCGACAGGAGGUGCCUGUGUUCCUCUUCCUGUUGGCGCUCUGACGUUUUUCUCUGUACUGAGAUCAGAUUAAAGACUCCACGUCAUCAGCUUCUGUCACCAUGACGAUGGCGAACGAACCAAAGAAAUAAAGUUUGUUUCCUGCAGCGUGAAA